AAAGAAGAAAGAGAAAUUGACGAUCUUUUCAGGGCUCAGAUGGGGGAAAACUCAGGGCGUAAGGAUAGUGUGGUCGUGACAGAUCUCGAUGGAGGAGGGCGAGGCGCAGAUCGAUGCGAGAGCUCCUUGAAUGGCUGCUGCUGGCCUGCUGAGACUGAGAGAUGUGAGAGACAGAAGGACACAUCACUCCUGCUGGCCCCUUCCCACGAUCUUACCGGUCCCCCUUGGUGGCUGACAGCUUCAGGGACGGUAUUUAGAAGGAAAUGUGGUCCGGUCGCUUUUCUUCAUGGUGGGCGAGAAUUCCAUCCGAUUUACCCUGGAAGAACAGGGCGGAGAAUUUUUUGCUUCAAGGGCAACGCAACGCAACACCAUGAUCAUGGUGUCCGUUAUUAUCACCCGACCACAAAAAAAAUCCCCCCCUCUCCGCUGUAUGACCCAGCAGUCGGUCGCUACAAUGCGGGGAGGGCUGGAACCGAUCAUGUUCUUCAAGUUGAGGAUGCAUCGCCAUUGCCAUUUCGACGAGUCAUUCCUGGUACUAGUCUUUUAGCUUGUCCCACCCAGCAAGUCCCGAGUGUCCGGAUGAUCUAA